AUGGAGCCCCAGCCCGGCUCACCGGCGUCGCCGCCCUCCCCGGGCACGCCGCCGUCGCCAGGCAAUGCCAAGGUGACGACGCCUUACGAGCCAACGGAGGAGGCCACCGAGCUGGAGCCGGGCAGGAAGUCGACCUCGUCGUCAUCGUCGUCGUCCUCGUCCGAGUCGUCAGCUGAGAGCCCUCGCCAUGUCGACGUUGUCGAGCUCGGCGACACGUUGCUGCCAGCGCCGGAGGACGAGCAAGACGUUGUCCCUUCUUCCACACAGAGCGCCGAGGGCAAACAGGACGGCUCGGAUACGGUGGAGGACGAGCAAGCCGAUCCUCCCGUAGAGGGCGCCGGGGGUAAACCGGACGCCAGUGCGACGCUGGAGGACGAGCACGCCGCCUUCGAACACAGCGCGGAGGUCAAACCGGACGACCGGGCACUGCCGGAGGACGAAGAGGCCGCCGCUCCCGACGUGGACGGCGCGGAGGUCAAACCGGACGACUGGGCGGCGUGGCCGGAGCCACCGCCCCCGGCCGUCGACUACUCCUCGUCAUCGGACGGUAGCGCUGGCGCGGCACCCACGGGGCUGACGGAGGCACGGCAGGUCCAGACGAUGGCCAAUCUCGAUGGCGCCGACGCCGGGGCAGGGCUCAGCGAGUUCGACCCGCAGAGGAUCCCGGCGUCCGUGUUCCAGACCAGGGCGUCCAUGUCGCAGGCCGAGUGGAGCAUGACGUCCAACGAGUCGCUGUUCAGCAUCCAGGGCGCCAGCGAGGUCGGAGGGCCCUACGGCAGCAGGUCGCACUUCGACUUCUUCUACGACGAGGCCAUGGCGGCCGCGGAGGCGGAGUCCAAGCUGCCGAGCGUCGCGGAGGGGAUGGAGUCGGCGGAGAUCGCGGCGCCGGGCAGCGCGAGCUCGCACGCCAGCGGCGGGAGCGCCAACGCCAAGAAAGCCACCGUGUUCCGGCGGCUCGAGAGCGGCUCCGGAGGCAGCUCGAGCAACUUCUCCUUCGCCUUCCCGAUACUGGCACCGACGUCGCCGAAGAAGAAGGACCUCGUCGGCAGCGCGCUGUUCCAGCCGCUGAAGAAGCAGUACGACCAGCCACCGCCGGAGCUGGAGCCCCCCGAGUCGGCCUUCGUGGAGAUGACGACGGAGGCGGAGCGGCGGCACAACACGGGGUGCUGCUGCUGCGGUUGCUGCUGGUUCGAUUGCUCCUGGGCCGCGUGCUGCGGCUGGUGGCGGUGUUGCGGCUCCUGCUCCUGUUCCUGCCCCAGCUUCUGCCGAUGCAGCUGGUGCCUCUGCUCCUGACAGAAUUGGCGGGAGAUCACUCACUUGUUGACCGGAUCUUUUGACCCGAGAAGGUUCGCGCCAAAAAAGAGAAGUCUUGCCGCCAUGGAACUUUAGAUGGUUAGGCAUCGUCUCAUGAGAGGUAGAUCCCAUUGGGCAGCUCCUGGCUCCUGCUUGUGUUUUCGGAGGACUAUUUGGCAGAUGGGUUUGGCAUGUGCACAUCGGCUGAAACAGAGUAUACUACACGGUACAGUGUACAAUGCCGAGAUGGAACGGAAAUUCAAAUGCAUGAUUUUGUUAGCUCACCUGACCAAUGACCAAUCGAUCUCCUUGUUCCAUGUACAUGAACAAAGAAUGA